AAAAUAAAAAAAUUCCCUCAAAAAAAAAAAAAAUUUAAAACACACGCACACACUGACACACAAGCAAACAUCCACCACCAUUGAAGUCGAGUAGCAAAUAUUUAGCCAAAAAGAAACAUGUGGACGUCUCUUCACUCUGCUGCAUCUCCAUAUAUUUCAAUUCCAAUCUCCUAACCCAAAUAUAUAUACUCUCAUCUCAUCAAUAAAUCCUACCAAAUUUAUAGGAUCCCAGUGAGCAAAAAUCCCACUUUCCAAACCAAAAAAUUCAAUUUUCUUUUUCAUUUGGUCAUUACUACAUACACCAAAAAAAAAUGUCGGUAACAAUUAGGCUACAGCAUAUGAGCAGUGCAUCAUCAUCAACUGCCAUAACCACAAUCAAGAAAAGCCGUUACGCCACCAAAUUUCACCCCAAAACCAUAUACCAUCCCAACUCAUUGGCCCCACUUGUGUUCCCUCACAAAAAGAUGCAGUCUUUAUCAAAAUCUCGCUCCGACAAUCCCGCAGUGACGGUGAAGAGCUCCCUGAUAGAGCCGGACGGCGGCGCGCUGGUGGAUCUCGUGGUGCCUGAGAGCCAGAGGGCGGCGAAGAUCGCGGAGGCGGAGGCGCUGCCGAAGGUGAGGUUGAGCAAGAUUGAUGUGGAGUGGGUGCAUGUGGUAAGUGAGGGGUGGGCUAGCCCCCUCAAGGGUUUUAUGAGAGAGGAUGAGUAUUUGCAAAGCUUGCAUUUCAAUUGUGUGAGAAUGGAGGAUGGCAGUUUGGUAAAUAUGUCUUUGCCCAUUGUGUUGCCCAUUGAUGAUGAGGUCAAGGGACAAAUUGGGGAUUCCAGUAGUGUUGCAUUGGUUGGAACUGAUGGUGACUUGGUUGCCAUUCUUAGCAGCAUUGAAAUAUACAAGCACAACAAAGAGGAAAGAAUUGCAAGAACAUGGGGAACCACAGCUCCGGGAUUACCUUACGUUGAGGAGGUGAUUAGCGCGGCUGGCAACUGGCUCAUAGGUGGAGAUCUUCAAGUGCUAAAGCCUAUCAAGUACAAUGAUGGUCUUGAUCACUACAGGCUUUCUCCAAAGCAGCUUCGUGAUGAAUUCGACAGACGUAAGGCGGAUGCAGUCUUUGCUUUUCAGCUGAGAAAUCCAGUACAUAAUGGUCAUGCUUUGCUCAUGAACGACACUCGUAGGAGGCUUUUGGAAAUGGGUUACAAGAACCCAAUUCUUUUGCUGCAUCCUUUGGGUGGCUUUACUAAGGCUGAUGAUGUUCCACUCGAUGUUCGCAUGGAACAACAUAGCAAGGUGCUCGAAGACGGGGUUCUGGAUCCUGAAACUACGAUCGUCUCUAUCUUCCCUUCACCGAUGCAUUAUGCUGGACCGACUGAAGUGCAAUGGCAUGCAAAGGCACGAAUCAAUGCAGGUGCGAAUUUCUACAUAGUAGGCCGCGAUCCUGCUGGUAUGGGUCACCCAACAGAGAAGAGGGACCUGUACGAUCCAGAUCACGGGAAGAAGGUGCUUAGCAUGGCUCCUGGUCUCGAAAAGCUGAACAUUCUUCCCUUCAAGGUUGCUGCAUACGAUACUAAAGCCAAGCAGAUGGCAUUUUUUGACCCCUCUCGCGCUAAAGAAUUUCUCUUCAUAUCUGGAACUAAAAUGAGGGCUUAUGCAAGAAGCGGCGAGAACCCACCCGAUGGUUUUAUGUGUCCAGGCGGAUGGCAAGUUUUGGUGAGAUACUACGAGAGCCUGCAGGCUGAGGAUUCUCCAAAAAAGCAGACUGUCAAUGCUUAAUUCUAUCAUCCAACUUCACUGCAACUACAAGUGUGAGAUAAUUCAUCCAACUCCCUCGAUUUUGGUUCUCACUUGGUAGAUGAACACAACUUGUGGCAUGAACAAAUAGUUUGGGCCAAUCAUCUGAUUUAUUACUCUUCAUUUUUCUCCUCUAUUUCACCCUUCAACAUUAUGUGGAGCUCUUAACUAUGAAAAUUUCUUUCCAAUAUGUGAGAAAGAGCGAGUUGCUCCA